UCCACAAUUCUGUCAGCACUCGUGCAGCCCCAGACCACCACCUCUGAUGGAACAGCUCUUCAGAAUGUCAUAGUGCGUGUAGGAAUUCUUUUUUUUUUUGGUUUAUGAACCGCCGCUCCACAAUUCUGUCAGCACUCGUGCAGCCCCAGACAACCACCACUGAUGAACAGCUCUUCAGAAUGUCACAGUACGUGUAGGAUUUUUUUUUCAUGAACCGUUGCUCCACAAUUCUGGCAGCACUCAUGCAGCCCCAGACCACCACCUCUGAUGGAACAGCUCUUCAGAAUGUCACAGUACGUGUUGGAAUUCUUUUUUUUUUUUUUUUACAUUUUUUUAUGAAUAGCUGCUCCACAGUUGUGGCAGCACUCGUGCAGCCCCAGACAACCACCGCUGAUGGAACAGCUCUUCAGAAUGUCACAGUACGUGUUGGAAUUCUUUUUUAUUUUUUAUUUUUUUAUGAAUAGCUGCUCCACAGUUGUGGCAGCACUCGUGCAGCCCCAGACCAUGAUAUCACUACCACCAGUAAAUGAAAUCUUUUCAGAAUGUCACAGUACGUGUAGGAUUUUUUUUUUUUAUGAACCGCUGCUCCACAAUUCCGGCAGCACUCGUGCAGCCCCAGACAACCACCACUGAUGGAACAGCUCUUCAGAAUGUCACAGUACGUGUAGGAAUUCUUUUUUUUUUUUUUUACAUUUGUUUAUGAAUAGCUGCUCCACAGUUGUGGCAGCACUCGUGCAGCCCCAGACCAUGAUAUCACUACCACCAGUAAAUGAACAGCUCUUCAGAAUGUCAGUGCGUGUAGGAAUUCUUUUUAAACAUGACAUCACAAUGAUGGAAGGUAAAGCUAUGCUAAUAACACCAGCUGUACACUAGCUACUAGCUACUAAGUAUAUCCACGUUACUUUGCAUAUUGUUGACAUGGAAAUGCUAGCCUAAAGCGGGGGCUUUCUUGGAUUUAAAGCAAAAUUCCUUCAGUGCAAUCCAAUCCCUUGCACGAGCCUGUAAGUUCUCCUAAUGUGUUCAUGUCCUGCCUGUUUUUAGCUUAGCCCCCUCCCCUUUCCCUGUUCUCACCUCCCCUUAUUUUGCAGUGAAUUCCGCAGACCUCCCAACCGCUCCAUCCAGAUUUAGACCUCAGCCUUGCCCAGACUGUCGGGCUCGGUUGGUUCAAACUCUUCUUCUUCUUCUCCUUCACCAACCUGGGGAACUACCAACCUUCCAGAUGUGUCCGGCGCACCGUGGGUCGAGGGUGUGAGGCGUUGGCACACUUGCAAACCAGCUAGACCACCCAAACAUGGACCAUCUUGCAGAGGUGGCAUUAUUUGAGAUGGAGCUGGACGAGGACGAGGACGAAGACGAGAGGGACAGUGCCUUCAUGGCGACUGGAGCCGCUGGCCCCCCAUCAACGGGUGUCCAAGCGCCCCCUGCAGGCCUGGAGCGAGACGCCUUCAUUUACAUGAACUUCAUGAAGCACCACAGCUGCUACGACGCCAUUCCCACCAGCUCCAAGCUGGUCAUCUUUGACACCACCCUGCAGGUAAAGAAGGCGUUCUUCGCCCUGGUGGCCAACGGCGUGAGAGCAGCACCACUUUGGGACAGCAAGCGGAAGAGUUUUGUUGGCAUGCUGACCAUCACUGACUUCAUCAACAUUCUUCAUCGCUACUACAAGUCUCCUCUGGUUCAGAUCUACGAGCUGGAAGAACACAAGAUCGAGACGUGGCGAGAGAUCUAUCUUCAGUACUCCACCGACCGCCUCAUCAGCAUCGCCCCGGGGGCCAGUCUCUUCGAUGCCAUUUACUCGCUGCUGAAGAACAAAAUCCACCGACUGCCCGUCAUCGACCCGGCGUCGGGAAACGUCCUGCACAUCCUGACGCACAAACGCAUCCUCAAGUUCCUGCACAUAUUUGGCUCCAUGAUUCCCAAGCCGUGGUUCCUGCAGAAGCAGAUCCGUGAGCUGGCCAUCGGUACCUUCAAAGAGAUCGCGACGGUGCAAGAAUCGGCGUCGGUCUACGACGCUCUGAGCAUCUUUGUGGAGCGUCGAGUGUCUGCUCUGCCUGUCGUCAACGAGCAAGGUAAAGUGGUGGCGCUCUACUCCAGGUUCGACGUCAUUAACCUGGCGGCCCAGAAGAACUACAACAACCUGAACAUGACCAUGAGGGAGGCGGUCUCCUCCCGAGCCUGCUGGAAGGAGGGCGUGCUCAAAUGUUACCCCCACGAAACUCUAGAGGCCAUCAUCGACCGCAUCGCCGGGGCUGAGGUCCACCGUUUGGUGUUGGUGGACAUGGAGGAUGUGGUGAGAGGGAUCGUGUCCCUGUCGGACCUCCUCCAGGCGCUGGUCCUCACCCCUGCAGUCCCGCGGAUGCGUGGCUGCCGACCCGCUCCUCAUCCGCACGGACUCGCCACCGCCUUCCGCUCAUCUCCUCUGACGCACUUUUCCCAUUCUCAAAUAUUAGCCGCCCCACGGCGGAAGCUAGCAUGUUCUUAAGACGUCCGCACCGGCGCCUCCAAGCCGGGUGUCAGCGACGUGUGCUAAAUCCUUUCAAACACGAGUCGUCCCCAUUGUCGAGGGGAAGCCUCCGCAGCGCUCCCCCAGGCAGCAUCCUCAUGGCCCCCCUUGCAGACAUCUAUCCAGGUGGCGGGUGUCUUCGUCGGGGAGGUCCGGGCUCGCCAACAUGCCUGGAACACCUCACCAGGUGUCCGGGAAGAUGGAUGCCCGAGCCACCUCUCCAGUAGCGGCUCUACUCUCCAACAUGAACUGUUGUUUACGGUUGUUUGUUUACAAUAAAAGGACUGUUG